AACACCGUUCAGCAAAACACAGCUGAAACUUCCCGAAACAAACAACAAGCGACGAAGAGGGUCCGCCCACUGCCGACAACUCUGCUGCUGCUGUCAUUACCUGCAUGUAAAGGCACAUAAUAUGAUGUGAAUUUACUGUGGGCCGUUGUUCCAAGGUGGGUCUUAAGCCUCAUCAAAGACAGUCUGUGGCCUCUUCUGCAGCUUCAGAGGGUCAAUUUGUACAGAUGGCAACUCCACUUGAGAAGGAAGUGGGCAAGGUUCUGUGUGUCGGUCUUGCUUGUGUUGACUUUGUUAAUGUCAUCGGCCAGUUUCCACAAGAAGAUUCAGAUCAAAGGGGACUCAAGUAUUACUGGCAGAGAGGUGGAAAUGCAGCAAACAACAGUACAGUGCUGUCUCUUCUGGCUGUUCCUGUAGAGUUCAUGGGAGUCCUUGGAAAUGCUGGAGCUGAGGCGUGUUGGAUUCAGGAAGAUUUCAGUGCGAUGGGAAUUGACACCAGCCACUGUGUCAUGGAAAGUUGUCUGUGUCCUGUGUCCACAUGCAUUUUGUGCCAGACCACAGGGUCAAGAACUAUCCUGCAUUAUCCCAGGGACCAGCCAAAAUUAACAUACCGUGCCUUUCAUGAGAAACUGAAAAGGAAUUUUUCUGCAUAUGCACAGGUUCAUUUUGAGCUUGGGAGCAAUGUUCAAGACUAUGAGCUCAUGAUGGAAGAUGUGCUCAGCUAUAACACAAGUCUUGGGACAAGCUUGAAGCAGCCCGUGGUCAUAUCCUUAGAGAUAGAGAAACCAGACAUAUCAAACUCAGAAGCAGUGAUGUCAAAAGCUGAUAUUGUCUUCAUCAGCAAAGACUUUGCCAGCAUACAAGGAUUUGAAGAUCCAGUUUCAGCAGUGAAAGGGCUCUAUAAUCACUGUCACAAAGGAGCUGUUCUGAUCUGUGCAUGGGCAGAGUUGGGUGCUGCUGCAAAAUUCAAGGAUGAAGUUCUGACGGCAUCAGCCCUGACAGGCGUUAAUGCUGUGGACACUCUUGGCGCUGGCGAUACUUUUGUUGCAGGUUUUAUAGGUCAUGCUUUGAAGAAAAGAAAGAGUUCAGGUUUAGACAGCAGCAUCAUUAGAGAUUCCCUUGAGUUUGGAUGUCAGUUAGCCGGUAGGAAGUGUUCCAUGUAUGGGUACAAUGGUUUAAAAGAAUUUUGGUGAACAUUUUUCAGGUUAAAGUUUGUGUGAGUAAGACAAGACUUGUGGUGGUAGUCCUGUCAUAAAACAAGACAAACAAGCCAUAGCCUGCUUGAAAGCUUGGCUUGAUUAAACAAAAAACGUAAUACUUGUUGAAGUGUUAGGCAACGACUGACGAUAAUACACUGGUGAAUGGACACUGAAGACAGCACAGCUACAUAACACACUGUGCAGCACUCACCAAUGCAGUGACAGACCAGACAACAAGUGAACGGAGAUGCAACAAGAGAAAUAUCACCACCCAUGGUGUCAAAUAUGACCCCACUAAUGACAAAGUUGAAAGUUUUUAGGACUUCGGUGCAGCUGAAUGUUCCAAAUUGUACCCAAAUGUGUGUCCACUCUACCAGAAGAUGCUGGACACAGGAGAAAAUGCCUGAUAGUCUUGACAGUGCUGCACACAAAAAUUUCUAUGUGAAAAGAAUUAUGACAAGACACAAACGAUCAGCCUACAGGCACCCUCAGAAUACUCUGAUGCCUUGCAUGAAAUCCUGGCAGUGGCAGAGACAACAUUAUGGAAAACUGCCUCUGUACAUAUCUGCAUGUUUCUGCCCUAAGAGCAAGUCUUAUUCGCAAGGUUAUGUCAUCUUCUGAGGGAAUUACACUUCAGUGUGAGAGCGACAAACCUUGUAAGGUCUAUUUCCUGACCAAAAACCUGUCUGUGAACAUCCAACUAUAUUGUCUCAUCAAAAUUACCAACUGCGAUUAUUCAGUGAAGGUAAAGUCAUCUGAAAGAAAAAUGCCACCUUUCAGGCAUCAUCAGUAGGGAAGGUAAGAAAACGCAGUCCAAGUACUGAAUGGAUUCUUUUAUGUUGGUGAAGUCGGUUUUGCUGUUGAGUUGUUUAGCUUGUAAUCGCUUGACUUAUCAAUAUUUUGAAUCAUGUACAGUGUAAACCAUGUGUUUAUUAUUCACACUUGAAACAGGGUUAGGGGACGAGUUACCAUGAUGCUGAUAAUUUACAAAUUAUAGGGAAUAAACAAAGUGAUGUCAGCUAGGGUACAUAAAUGUCAGACAUAAUUACCCAAGAUGCCACAUCUCGGCGAAGCAUCAAUAGAGCAGCUGUAAUAGAAAGAGAUCACUACAGUGAUUGUAACAAAAGGAGGUCACUGGUGCAAAUCUAACGCAGCAUGGUCAUGUAUUACACAUUCUGUAUCAAAUGUGGCUCAGCAUCAGCAGUCGGUAGUGAGAACUCGAUUUGAAAUGUCUUUUCUGGUUUGACAGUACAGUUUAUCCUGUUCUUAGACAACACUGGCCCACACCCACUGCUCAUGAUAAUUGGCACUGUUUAUCGUCUUACUUUGAAAGUAGGUCACUGCGUCACCAUCUCGCAUUUGCUUGCAUUGUUGCAACGAACUGCCCGCCCCACUUUACUUUCAACUCUCUCUACACUAGUGUACAGACCAGGGCACAUAAACAUCAGACAUAAUUAUCCUGAAUGCCGCUUCCCAGGAAAGCAUCAUUAGAGUGAUUGUUACAAAAAGAGGUCUCUAGUAGUAGUGGGUCUGUAGACUCUCUGACAUGACCUUGGUCUGGUACCACAUUGUCUCUCCGCGGAUGGUGAGACUUGUAACAGAAAUAAAAGACUGAAUGAAAAGUAGACACUGGGCGAUAGAUGUGCCACAGAUCUAUGUAUUUUCCUUUUCUUAAUUGUGGUACAUAAUACAUAUAACUAUUCAACUAUGAAUAAUUGUAAAGUGCAGAGAGCAUGCUAUGGACUCUGAGAAGCAUGGAUAUAUCAUUAUAUGCACUAUAUAAAUGCAAAUGGUAUAAAUAUUACUUGCGCAUCUCAAAUUAUGUCCGGUCAACCUCCCUCUUUGAUGAAACUAAAUAAAAUAAGAUAAAGAUGAGAUAAAAGAUGUCACAGAAAAAGAAAGGAACAAUAAUUGAUAGUGAUAAAUAAGGAGUGGGUAUCCUAUGUAAUAAAACAAUUUGAUUCUUUGAUCAUUAGUUAUUUUGUAUAAACUUGAUCCUGCUCAAUAAAAUAACAGCAUUCAGAUAUAAUAGAGGGACAUCAUGUCCGUCCCUGCAGCCCUGUUGUAGCUGGGGGCCCACUCUACUAAUAUGAAAUGCACUUCCCUCUUGCAAGCAAAACCACAAGGAUGUUAACACGACAUAAGUACUUAGUGGAUGGCAAUCGAGUAAUGAUUGAAGUGUUCAAGUGUAUCCUUUUGAGACACUUAAAAUGAUUUAAAAGAUUAAAAUGUACAAACAUGCUCAGGAGUAGUGGUCAUUGUGUUGCAAGAGUUUGUUAAUGUGAAGUCCACUAUAUUAAAUAUUGUCAAAUGUUCCCUGUGCUUUGAUUAUAUUGCAUUAAAAAAAACACCCUGAAGUGGCAGUGUUUGUCUCCAGGUAAUCAGUAUUAUCAAUAUUGUCAUCAGUAUGUCAUAUGAUAAAUUGAAAUUUUGUGUGCAAUAGAUACUUUACAUGAUUUUUCUAAGACUCUUACUACAAAGUUGUAGUGUCUUUUUGUGAAACUGUACUGUCUUUUGGCAUAUAUAUAAUUAUUAAUAAAGUCUUGUAGAUUUGCAAUUCAAA